AUGUUGCCAGAUGCACAGUGCCUGCUGACGAUUCUGAGCCUUCGAUCGAACUUGACAGCCAUUGAGACUGCAGAUCUCAAGCCGAAUCUCAGCGCACUGGCCUUCCAAGACGAUUCCGGCUCGUUGUGCAACCACCACUGGACCUGGUCUGGGAUUGCAGGCUUUUGGCACGAGCGCGAGAAUGACCAGCAACACGUAAGUUGGAGCAUCGACCGCUCCGGAGCCCCCAGUGCGGUGGGCCAGGUCACCGCCGAGUUAUCCCCCGGGGCGCCAUGUAGGUCGGGAAGCUCUUUGAAGUCCGACUCGGCACUCGUGGUGGUCCAGAGCAAAGACCGCUUCGCAACGAAUGUCUGGCACCGCAUGGCUGUGAUAUUUAUGGCAUGGGUGACGCCCAGAGUGCUGCAGCUGAAGGGAAAGCUUCCCCAGAACAUCACCGUCGCCUACUAUGUGCCGCCCUUGAAGGAGUCCAGCAUGGAGAACGACAGCGGCCCAUAUCCCUGGAAGAUGCUGGGAUCGCUGGCUCCUGAGGACUGUGGCUUUGAGCAUCGCAUCAGGGCGCCAGAGGACGGCUUCCUCUGGGACCUUGCAUGGGAUCUGCCGAUGAAGUGCGUUCAUUCUUCCAACCUCUGGAGAGACUUUCAGUCGGCGCUUUAUGCCGGCGUCGGGCUGGUGUCCAACCAGUCUUCGGAUGGCCGCAGUGUUUGUUACGUCGGCCGGCCGACUGCGAGUUCUGACCGACAGCUGAGCGAGAAGACCUUCGAUGCACUGAAGCAGACUACGGGACGCGUCCGUUUGGAUGGGGAGCCUCUGAUUUUUCGCCCUCUGGCCUUUGACGGCAGCGUGCCCAUCUCGAAGCAAGCCGAGAUGGUCAGCGCUUGCGAUGUCCUCAUUGGGAUGCAUGGAGCCGGAUUGAUGCAUUCCAUCUGGAUGUAUCCCGGAAGUGUUGUGGUGGAGCUGAUGGACCCAGAGCAUGCGGGUGCCGCCUACUACCGCAACGUUGCGCACUUAUCAGGACAUGUCUACCUACAGCACGCCAAGAGCGAGGUCGAAGAGAAGCCUGAGGUUCUGAAGAGUUUGAUGGUCACUGCUGCGGAGAUCAUCUCCAACAAGGCAACCAACUCGCUCCACGUGAGUAUGCUCCAGAAGGCUGAGCGUCGGCGUGUGACUUAUCAGCAGGAGCCCGAAACGGGGCCGAGACUGGUCCCUGCCCUCAAGGGCACUCACCUUUUCGGUGAAAAGAAGCGCUGCUGCGGUUUGGUCUCCAAGAAGAAUAUGGACGUGCAGCUUGCAGAUUUGCAGGCGGCGGUGAACAAAGCGGCCUCCGAGGCGGCCAGGUUCUUGGACGUCGCCCGCACGGAGCUGGGGGCCCUCGCGGCCGACAUUGCAGACUUCACCGCGAAGCACAACCACCUCAGGAAAGCUGACAUUGACUAUCAAGCCGACCUCUUUGACCAGCAGCGGAGAAACGACGCCCUGUCAGACCAGCUGGAGAAGCUUACGGCACGACGUCGGCUUGCUGAAACGCGGUUGCAGGCGGACAUGGAGAGCCUGCGAACCGAGAACACCGUGCUCAAGCGAUCGAUGGGCGCGCUAUCCAACCUCUCCAAGGACAACAAGAAGCGGUUGACGGAGAUUUCCAACUGGAUGAGUGUCCUUUGUGGCCGCCAUCUGGAGAGGAAUCACGACACAAUGCUCAUGGCUUAUCAGAAGCGAGUGGUGCGACGUCAGGCGUUCUACGAGCGGAUCUCCUGGGUCCAGCUGCAACACCUGCGCGUGGUCGUGGAGAAGCUGUCGAAGCUCCUGGUCGAGCGACAGGAAGAGCUCAAGAUAGCCAGGACAAGACAGGAAGUCCGCCUGUAUCGGCGGCUGACCGUCGAAGCUUGCUGCCUGCUGUACGAAGUGAGGCUGCGGUCUGGCGAGCUGCAAAAAGAUGGCAGCCUGACACAGAACGAGGCGAUUGAGGAAUGCUUGAAGAAAGGGAAGAUGAAGCACCGCCCAACCGGACUGAUGAUGUUCUUUGCAAAGGUGACCGACAUCACCAACCGAUUCAAGCAGAAGAUGCUGGAGAAGCGCAUGACAUUGAAGGCGGGCUUUCAGCCCUAG